UAAUAAUAAAAGCCAAUCAAGAAGAGUCCCGCAAACAGGACAGUCCUCGGCGCGGCAGGGCAGGGAGGGAGGCUCGGCAGGGCUGUCAUCGCUGUGAGCCGCCACGACCCACGGCACGGCCUGCACGACACCAUGAUUCACAGCCUCUUCAUCAUCAACUCCUCGGGAGAUGUGUUCAUGGAGAAGCACUGGAAGAGUGUUAUCCCUCGCUCCAUCUGUGACUACUUCUUUGAUGCCCAGAGGAAGGCCUCCAACAGUGAGGACAUCCCCCCAGUCAUCACCACACCCCACCACUACCUCCUCAGCAUCCUGCGCAGCAACCUCUUCUUUGUGGCUGUCUGCAUGACUGAAGUGCCGCCAUUAUUUGUCAUUGAGUUUCUGCACCGAGUGGUGGACACAUUUGAAGACUACUUUGGGGAAUGCACCGAGUCCAUCAUCAAAGAACACUAUGUGGUGGUGUACGAGCUGCUGGAUGAGAUGCUGGACAAUGGCUUCCCACUGGCCACUGAGAGUAACAUUCUGAAGGAGCUCAUCAAGCCGCCCAACAUCCUGCGCACCAUCGCCAACACUGUUACGGGCAAGUCAAAUGUGAGUGCCACCCUGCCCACAGGCCAGCUGAGCAAUGUGCCGUGGCGACGGUCAGGGGUCAAAUACACCAACAAUGAGGCAUACUUUGAUGUCACUGAAGAGGUGGAUGCCAUAAUCGACAAGGCUGGUGGCACUGUAGCUGCAGAGAUUCAGGGUUAUAUUGAUUGUUGUGUGAAGCUAUCUGGGAUGCCAGACCUCACCCUCACCUUCAUCAACCCUCAGUUGUUUGAUGACGUCUCUUUCCACCCCUGCGUCAGACUCAAGCGCUGGGAGUCCGAGAGGGUGUUGUCAUUCAUUCCUCCUGAUGGAAACUCUCGCCUUCUUUCCUACCACAUUGGGCCUCAGUCAGUGGUGGCCAUCCCUGUUUACAUCCGCCACAACAUAUCCUUUAGAGAUGUGGGCGGUGGCAGGCUGGACAUCACUGUGGGUCCCAAGCAGACGAUGGGCAGAGUGGUGGAGGGUGUUGUGCUGGAGGUUCCCAUGCCCAAGUGUGUUCUGAACUGUAACUUGAGUGUGACCCAAGGGAAGUACACCUUCGACCCAGUAUCCAAGUUGCUACACUGGAACGUUGGGCGCAUCGACCCUGCAAAGCUGCCCAACAUUCGAGGCAAUAUCAGUGUACAAAGUGGAUCUCCUCCCCCAGAAAGCAAUCCAACAAUAAAUGUCCAGUUCACUGUUACUCAGUUGGCUCUCUCAGGCCUCAAAGUCAACCGCCUGGACAUAUAUGGUGAGAAAUACAAGCCAUUUAAAGGUGUCAAGUAUGUCACCAAGGCUGGCCGCUUCCAAGUGCGCACCUGAGACAGCCAGUGCCUCCUCCGUGUGUGUGUGUGUGUGUGUGUGUGUGCAUAGGUGUAUGUGUGUGUGUAUUAAGAAGACUCCUUUACAGGUUUUAUUUUUUAUCUUAAGACCUUUGCACAUAUACAGUAGUAAGUGGUUGAGUGUGAGCCUCCUUAUUUUCAGAGUAUGAUUGAUCCGGAGACUGUUAACAUUGGAUCUGUGCUGCAGUAUUGUUGUUAUGAAUGUUUCUGUUAUGUAAAAAAAUUAUAUUUCAAUAUAUAAUUUUAGGGAAGCAUUCCAAUUAGCUAAACAAUCUUUCAUUACAUCCUUCCUGAUAAAGUAGAGUCUGUGGUCAGUUAUCCUGCUAAGCAGUUUAGAAAGGUUAAGCUAAUGGAGCUUGUGUGGAAUCUUAAUGAAAAAUUAAUAUUUCAGAAACCAUUCAUCGAGUGGGCAGGUAUGGCUAGAGGUGUGGCUAGCCAGGAAAGUAGAUAAAACAUCCACACCACUAACCUCUCUUGAAAAGUGUGCUUACAAGUCAGAUUAUAAUUAUUAUUUUCAUUAUUACUCCCAUUAUAGUCAGUUGUGUAAGGCUUUAAACAGCAAAGGGGCUAUGGCAAUGGAAAAUCCAUUUCAAACCAAUAUUUUUUGCUCCCUGUUGUGGUGUUGGUUUUAUAUUGUUUUAGUUGCUGCCAUUUUGGCUGCCCACCCCGUCUCUCCAGGAAAAAGGAUAGAUGGUGAUCAUCUUACGUUUUCAUUAAUAUUAAUAGCAGUAGUAGUAGAAGAUGAGUUUCUUCCUGAGAUUUUCCUUUUCCUUCCUGGCUUCCAUUCUUUUAAUUAAAUCAAGUUUGACAGUCAAGCUGACUCUGCAUUAAAUGUGGUAGAUUAAGAUGAUAUAUAGAUGUUUAAAAGUGAAUCUCACUAAUGAAGCAAAAGUUAGCUUCCAGAGAAGGAUGCAAUAUGCUAAAGGAAAAAGUAAUGUUAACUAUAUUCAUCCUAAUGCUCUGAUACUUCACACAUUUCUCCUACAUAGUUUACAGUUAUCAUAUAAUUUUAAAGCAUAAUGUCUCUUGGUAAGUAAUCAAUUAAUUCCUUUUGUCCAUUUGGCAUAAAGUUUCCUAUAUUUAUGUUGGUGAUUACGAGGAUAUAAAUUUGUGCUGAAAGAACAUGUUGGCAGGAAACAAACCUCACUGAGGACAAAACAGGCAUUCCACAUUUACCAACCAUUUCAUCCACACAUGUAUCACCUAUGUCUUAUCAUGACCAUGAUUAUCAGA